AUGGGAUACCGAAAACUAUUCUUGAAAGAAUACGUGGAAACUAAAGAUUCCGAUCAAACAUUAGUGAGAGAUUAUAAGAGGCUUGUAUUGAUGCUGGUACGGCAACUCAAUGCCGAAAAUAUUUCUAAUUUAUCUACGGUUGCUGCACCUGGUGAUAUUCAAAAUGUUUCAGGCUCGGAUCCAGUUUAUCAUAUUGAAAUUAAUGAAUAUAAUCCGAAUACGACAUCUACACCUGAAACUCCAGCAGUUUAUACAGGUACUUCCAAAUUGCAUAGUGUUCGCUUUUCAUCGGAAGAUGUCAUUCAAGAUCAAACAAAUCUUUUGAAUUAUGAAUAUAAUUGUUUCAAAUAUCUCAACAAGAAUGAAGAAGAGGAUCAAAAUGAAACUCAUCCUCAAAGUACUGUUUUUAAUCUAGUUCCUCCUUCUCUCAGUUUACAAUCUAUUGACAAGUUGUACUUUAUACUGAAUAACCAAACGUUGGUAACCAAUAGUAAUUUUAAAGAAUUAGUUUGUGAAAAAUUGAAAAGGUAUAUCAAGUCCAGUAAGGUUGUCAUUCAUGGAGAGAUUUUGAAAUAUGGUGACUUUAUUAUUCGAAUUGGAGUCAUUACUCAGAAUGUAAAAAGAAGAGGAAUUUUGAUUGAUAUUGAAUUUGCUCCCUGUGGAUAUUGUUACCUUUCAGAGAAUGUAAUCAAAGAAUUCAUGUCUACAUUUAUUGACAUAGAUCCAAAUUCUACAACCACUCUUAAAUUUAAGAUAGCGGAUUUAUAUUCUCAAAACUUUGAUUAUUCAGAUUUUAAUCUAAGCACAACCUAUUAUUCUUUGUCUCAUCAUUCAGUUCAACUGGUGAGAUUGCUAGCUGAAUGUGGAAUUUUGAAAUUAACAGCUGAAAUACAAGCAACACAAUAA